AUGAUGUCGCAGAAGAAUUUCUCGUGCAUUGGAGGAUUGGAGAAGCACAUUAAAAUUGUUAAAGAAAUGGUGUUGUUUCCACUGAUGUAUGGAUGCGUUUAUUCAAAAUUUCAUCUUAGACCACCCAAGGGUUUACUGUUUUAUGGACCACCAGGAACCGGAAAAACAUUGGUCGCAAGUGCCCUAGCAGUAGAAUGCAAUAAUUCUGAUCGCAAGGUAUCCUUCAUCUCCCGUAAGGGUUCAGACUGUCUCUCGAAAUACGUAGGAGAGAGUGAGCAGCAACUCCAAAAGGUUUUCACAUUAGCGCAGCAGAGCAAACCCUGUAUAAUAUUUUUUGACGAAGUGGAUGGUCUGGCACCAGCGCGAACCAGCCGACAGGAUUUCGUUCAUGCCAGUAUAGUAUCGACUCUCCUGGCGCUGAUGGAUGGUUUGGAUAGCAACUCGGAGAUCAUUGUGAUCGGCGCGACCAAUAGAUUGGAUGCCAUCGAUCCUGCCCUGAGGAGACCUGGUAGAUUCGAUAGGGAGCUUUAUUUUCCGCUUCCGUGUUACACUGCCCGGAAGGAUAUUUUGUCUGUACAGGUCAAAAAUUGGAAGCAGAAACCUGCAGUGAAGUUCAUAGCUUAUCUGGCCUCGAAAACCGUGGGAUAUUGUGGGAGUGAUCUUCAGGCGCUCUGUGCUGAGGCGGUCAUGUCCUGUGUCAGAAGACAUUAUCCACAGAUCUAUACGUGCAAGACUAAACACCAAAUAAAUGAGAGGGCUUUGAAGGUAGAGAAACAAGACUUUAUCAAAGCCCAAGAGAGCAUCGUACCAGCAUCACAUCGCCUUUCAGUAGUCCCGAUCAAGUGCCUCAGUCCCAAAAUGUAUCCUCUCCUUCAAGAUACCCUAUACACAAUCCUCACUGUUCUCCAGGAGAUAUGUCCACCCGAAAUGAUGGCAUCGGAAAAUUCGGACACCGAGAUUCGAUCGAGCACCAUGAAAUGCCCAAGACUACUGCUGCACGGGGAUGAUGACUGUCAUACGCGUCAUCUGGCACCGGCACUUCUGCACAAUCUCGAGCAUCUACCGUGUCAUGUCCUUGAUGUUACAGCGCUAUUCGAAGAGACAGGACGGGCAGCUGAGGAGACUAUUAUUCAGAAAGUGAAAACAGCCCGACAUACGCUUCCCUCCUUACUCUACGUACCGGAUAUACUGGCGUGGUGGGAUCUGGUUGGUGAAGCGGCACGUGUUGUUUUUACCUCCCUUAUGAAGGGAUUGGAUCGAUCUGUCCACAUGCUCUUCCUCUCGACCAUCCACUGCAGUGCUGAUAUCAUACCUGUGGAGAUACUGGAGCUGUUUGAUGUUCAUCAGAACGAGAUGAUCGAGAUUUCACCGCCGAAACCUGUGGAAAGACUAGCCUAUUUCCAACAGAUCUUCACCAAAGUUCAUGGAAAAUCUGACAACAUUUCCACCAGAUCUUCUUACGUGAACUUUAUUCAAGUCCUUGGCCCGACGAGAUUUAAAACUGAGCCGAAAAGAUUGAAGGAGCAGGAGGUGGAGAUCAUCGCGGCACCCGUGACGAGGAGACGUGCAGAGGGGAAAACUAGAAUGAAAUUGAGUGCAGUUCAGACAACAAGUUCGGGGCACACGGCUAAUACACGAAAUAGUUUGAAACGAGUCCACAGUACUUCCGGCGAGAGAAUAUCCUCAAAACGCCAUAGACCGUCCGGAGAUAGUAGGCUCACGUCCAUAGAGAGUCUCACCGAGGCACAGGUUCAGGACUUGCUGGAUCGAGCUGUGAAUUACACAGACGGCUGGACGUGUCAUCAGUUGGAGACACUCUACGCAUCCCUCGAGCGAGUCCUCGGAAACUCCCACGGGGACCCUUUCAUUUCCGUUGCUGAUUGUCUCGAGAGAUUUCGACAAAAUCAACGAUCCCGUAACAAUGAUAACUAA